AUGGAGACGGAGCAAGUGGAUAAUAUUCAGGCCAACGUGCUGGCCAUCCCAACCUUUGAGGCGAUGGGGUUGAAAGAGGACCUGCUCAAGGGCAUGUACAGCUUCGGCUACAAGCAGCCCACCGCCAUUCAGAAGCGCUUCAUUAUGCCGUUCCUAAAGGGACGCGACGUGAUUGCCCAGGCAUCCUCUGGUACGGGCAAGACGUCCGCCUUCUGCGUCUGUCUCCUGCAAGCGUGCGACCCGCACACGCGUGAGGCGCAGGCCCUCAUCCUCUCGCCGACUCGCGAGCUGGCGGUGCAGACGCAGGAUUUGUGCAACAACAUCGGCCACCACAUGGGGCUGACGGCGUACGCGUGCAUCGGUGGCAAAAGCACGGAGGAGGACAUCCGCCGUCUGGAGAGCGGCGUGCACAUCAUCUCCGGGACGCCCGGCCGCGUCUUUGAUAUGAUCCGCCGCAAGAGUCUGCGUGUAAACGGGCUGAAAACCCUCGUGCUGGACGAGGCUGACGAGAUGCUGGGCAAGGGCUUCAAGGCUCAGAUCCACGACAUCUACCGCAUGGUCCCGCCGCUGCAGAUCAUCCUCGUUUCGGCGACGCUGCCGGCUGACGUGCUGGAGAUGACGGAGAAGUUCAUGACGGAGCCCGCGAGCAUUCUCGUGAAGCGGGACGAAAUCACCGUGGAUAGCGUUAAGCAGUACUUUGUCUCUGUCGACGAGGAGAAAAACAAAUUCGAUGUCUUGAUGGAGCUGUAUGACAGUCUCACGAUCGCCCACGCCGUGGUCUUCUGCAACACCCGCAAAAAGGUGGAGCAGCUCGCCAAGAAGAUGACGCGCGAGAAGUUCGCUGUGACCGCCAUGCACGGCGACAUGCCCCAGGCGGAGCGCGACGAGAUUAUGCGGCAGUUCCGCAAUGGACACAGUCGCGUGCUCAUCACAACGGACCUGUGGGCGCGUGGCAUUGAUGUGGAGCGCGUCUCGCUCGUCCUCAGCUACGAUUUGCCGCUCUCGCGUGAGCAGUACAUUCACCGCAUCGGCCGCACUGGUCGCAUGGGCCGCACUGGGCUGGCCAUCACCUUCGUGCGCCAUGACGAGCUGCGCUUGUUGCGCGACAUUGAGCAGUUCUACGCGACGCAGAUUGAGGAACUCCCCGCCAAUAUCGGCGAGCAAAUGUAG